CUAGACGAAGUGAAGUUAGCGGCGAUUGCUGGCGAUGAAGUGCGAAAAGAUAACUUCUGAUGACUUCACUCUGUUUGAUGCUCAUCGUACGUAAUGUGCGUGUCUAAUAUCUUUGGUGUCAUACAUGAGCUUAUUACUUUAAAAUACUCCAAAUGAGCACAAAAAGAGAAUUAAAACCUAAUAACUUCAAAAAUGACAAUAAUUUGACGCUCUUUUGAUACUUUGGAUUUUCUGUUUAUAAAAAUUAAAUUCAUCAUAUUCUGGAUUAUAAGCAUCGUGAUUCUUGAUCUUCGUGAUUGACAUUUGUUGUACCUUGUAUCGUGCAGGCGCCUCUAUUUUGUGCCAGUCUCCAAACAAAUUUAAAGAUAUUUUUGAAUUAGAAUUCAGAAUUUUCUUAAAUGAAUCCUAAUAAAGAAUGGAACGUGGAGAAACACAAGCAGGAACAUGAAUGCGACGAGCAUUGGGAACUGCGAAAAAGAUUCCUUCUUACCCACAAAGACAAGUUUCCAGAAGACGAAUUAGUAUGUUUAGCCCAGGUUUUCACGAAUGUAGAACUUUUGGGAUGCCGGUAUCCAAAAGAGACAAUGAACCUCAUAGCAGAGUUGUCCGAGGAAGUGGCAGGAGACUACAGAGAGGUUAAAAAAACCAAAUUGCAGAGAACCUUUGUGAAGGCUUCGGACGCCGCUAGUUCCAAGGCCAAAGGACUUCGACCAAGUGACCACGUACAAAUUAGCGAUAAGGAUCCCAACUCUAGCAAUAACCCCCCUCCUGAACCCGAACAAGAAUAUGACGACGACGAUGAUGAGAUACCUUCUAAAAAGAGGAAAUUUGAUAAUGAAGAAAGCAGGAUUCAACCUCCUUUUGGAGUUCUCGUUUUAUUUGAUUAUCCUGACGAUGCCCCACAAAGCAUAUUAACACGUGCAGUUACUGCACGUGGUGGAAAUUUGGAUUUUAAAUUUGACAAAAAUAACAGUGGAAUCAGUAAAUGUAUCAUCUUCGUAAAUUCUAAAAGGCUAGCCGAAGGUUCAGGCCAAAAUCAGAAGUUAGCAAAAAAAGAGGCUUCGAUUGCCGGUUUAGAAGAACUAAGAAAAUAUUAUUACACAAUAAAAGUUAAAAAAUCUCUCAACCCUGGAAAAGAAUCCGUAACCAGUACAGAAAUGCGAAGUGGUGAAGGAAGUAGUUCGACACAGCUAGCAGAGGACAAUAUCGGCAACAAGUUGAUGAAAUUAAUGGGCUGGGCAGGUGGCGGACUCGGAAAAGCACAACAAGGAAUCGUCGAACCCGUAACAGUGAAGCGACAGUUAAGCAGAAGUGGAUUGGGAUUAAAUCCAGAAAAUUCUAAUUUGAAAAGCCUCAAGAAAAAAUGCUCGGAGGUGUUACGCGACUAUACGAAAGGCGAUAUGCGAACGGAUUUAGUUUUUUCUUCUGAUUUUACAAAUGAAGAACGAGCCGCUGUCCAUCAAGUGGCGAAACAAAUGGGGUUGAAGUCCCAAAGUUACGGGCCAAAGACGCAAAGAACGCUAGUCAUUUCGAGAAAAAUAGAUCCAAAGGAACUCGUGAGGGAAUUGCAAGCAGUUGGAGGUUCAACGGAAAAAUAUGAACUUAUCAAUCCUACUGAAUCACAGUGGUGUUAAUGUACGUGUCACUAAUUUUCUUUGCAUAAUGAUUUUUUUUUAGAGUAAGACUUUGAAUAAACGUACGAUAGUCAAUUUUGAUUAA